GGAACCCAAGUUAGUAGCUCUCCUCAAAGACCCAACUUUUGGAGGGGGUCAUCGUCUGGUUCCUGGUAUGCCUCCACAGGUAGGUCCGCCUCAGGAAGUCAGCGGCGAGGAGCACAGAAGAGGCUGCCUUCACCAACGGACAGCAGUUUUCAUCGUGAGGGCCGUCGGAAACCGCUUGGAUGUGUCUAAAGGGGCCGUUUGGGAACCGGCCCUUCUGAAGGGAAGGGUCGGAGUGGGAGGGGAUCCGGGAUCCGCCUUACGGCCGAGUGUCCAGCACCGCGUUCCAACCUGGCAGAACCGACGUACUUCAUAUGCUCCUCAGGGGAGCGCGGGAAUCACCAGGCUGAAGAAUGACUGGAAAUGGGACCCUCUCCAACCAAAGCACCCAGACAUUCUGGCGCCGGACAUUUCAAAGAGCGCGGAAGCCACGCCUUCCCCCAGAACCGGAAGCUUUGCAACUAGCGCCCCUUGUAGACUGGCUGUUUAUAAGGGGGCGGGGGCCACAGCGGGAACUGCAACUCCCAGAAUGCAGCGCGGAAUUUCCGGUUUCCGGCGAGAGGGCCAGAGGAGAAAGAGAGAGCGCGAAAGAGAGAGGAUGUCUCUCUCAGACUGGCACCUGGCGGUGAAGCUAGCAGACCAGCCACUUGCUCCAAAGUCUAUUCUUCGGUUGCCAGAGACAGAACUGGGAGAAUACUCGCUAGGGGGCUAUAGUAUUUCAUUUCUGAAGCAGCUUAUUGCUGGCAAACUCCAGGAGUCUGUUCCAGACCCUGAGCUGAUUGAUCUGAUCUACUGUGGUCGGAAGCUAAAAGAUGACCAGACACUUGACUUCUAUGGCAUUCAACCUGGGUCCACCGUCCAUGUUCUGCGAAAGUCCUGGCCCGAACCUGAUCAGAAACCAGAACCUGUGGACAAAGUGGCUGCCAUGAGAGAGUUCCGGGUGUUGCACACUGCCCUGCACAGCAGCUCCUCUUACAGGGAGGCGGUCUUUAAGAUGCUCAGCAAUAAGGAGUCUCUGGAUCAGAUCAUUGUGGCCACCCCAGGCCUCAGCAGUGACCCUAUUGCUCUUGGGGUUCUCCAGGACAAGGACCUCUUCUCUGUCUUCGCUGAUCCCAAUAUGCUUGAUACGUUGGUGCCUGCUCACCCAGCCCUCGUCAAUGCCAUUGUCCUGGUUCUACACUCCGUAGCAGGCAGUGCCCCAAUGCCUGGGACUGACUCCUCUUCCCGGAGCAUGCCCUCCAGCUCAUACCGGGAUAUGCCAGGUGGCUUCCUGUUCGAAGGGCUCUCAGAUGAUGAGGACGACUUUCACCCAAACACCAGGUCCACACCCUCUAGCAGUACUCCCAGCUCCCGCCCAGCCUCCCUGGGGUACAGUGGAGCUGCUGGGCCCCGGCCCAUCACCCAGAGUGAGCUGGCCACCGCCUUGGCCCUGGCCAGCACUCCAGAGAGCAGCUCUCAUACACCGACUCCUGGCACCCAGGGUCAUUCCUCAGGGACCUCACCAAUGUCCUCUGGUGUCCAGUCAGGGACGCCCAUCACCAAUGAUCUCUUCAGCCAAGCCCUACAGCAUGCCCUUCAGGCCUCUGGGCAGCCCAGCCUCCAGAGCCAGUGGCAGCCCCAGCUGCAGCAGCUACGUGACAUGGGCAUCCAGGACGAUGAGCUGAGCCUGCGGGCCCUGCAGGCCACCGGUGGGGACAUCCAAGCAGCCCUGGAGCUCAUCUUUGCUGGAGGAGCCCCAUGAACUCCCUGCUUCCCCUGAACCCCCAGCAAGUUGCAGAGGCUACUGCCCUUGGGAGGCACUCAUGAAGGUGCCUCCAUCUCUCCCUUCCCCAAUAUACCUGAUGGUCAACUCUC